AUGGCCGCCACCCUGCAGCCGCACCCGCCGCUGCGGCCGCAUUCGAUCCACAGCUACUCGGGCCUGGCCAAGCCGCCGCACCUCUCGCGCCUCGAGAGCGUGACGCACAAGACGGGCCACGUCGAGCCGAUCAGCAUCGAGGUGGACGACGCGCACGGCGGCUUCGCGCCGGGCUUCCUGCACCUGCCGCCCGACAUCUUCACCGCCGGCAGCGGCGGCACCGGCACUCCUCCUCCUCCACCUCCUCCCUCGGCCUCGCGGGGCGCGGGCACGGGUAGUACGGCGACCGAGUCCCAGCGCCCGGCCGCCGCCCUGCCGCCGCACCACCACCGCACCGCCGCGAUCCUCCUCUCGGGCGCCGGCGGCGGCGUCACCGGCCCCAGCUCCAUCUACCUCUCGCUCGCGUGCAAGCUGGCCACGCUCGGCCGCGGCAUCCCCACGCUGCGGCUCGACUACCGCUUCCCCGCGCGCGCGGCGCCCUGCGUGGCCGACGCCAAGGCGGCCAUGGCCUACCUGCGCGACCUGUACGGCCUCGACCGGUUCGUGCUGGUCGGCUGGUCGUUCGGCAGCGCCGUCGUGUUCACCGCCGCCGCCGAGGACGCGCGCGUGGUCGGCUGCGCCGCCGUCGCCAGCCAGACCGCCGAGGCCGAGGGCAUCGCGAGGCUGCCGCCGCGCCCCGUGCUGCUGCUGCACGGCAGCGGCGACAAUACCCUCGGCGUGGGCUGCUCGCAGCGGUUGUGGCACAUGUAUGGCAACGGGGACCGGAUGCUGCAGGUCUUUGAGGGCGACAAUCACAGUCUGAGCGCCAACGCGGAGCGCGCCGAGGAGAUGCUGUGCGAGUUUGUGGCGCGGUGUGCUGGGGUGAGGAUUGAUGCGCAGGAGAGACGCGAUGUGGUCGGCGUCGAGUUGGUCGACGACGGCGAGCGGCACGACCUGAUGGAGAGGGGCGGCGAUCUGAGGGCGCCCGAGAGGGAGGACUGA